AUGGCUGACAUCAAAACCAUCGUGGUCCUAGGCGCUGGCCCAGCUGCCAUGCCUGUCAUCCGACAAACAAUGAUCAACCAGGUCCUCAAGCGCGACAAUCUCAAGAUGGUCGUCGUCUCUCCCAACACUCACUUCCACUGGCCCAUCGCAAUGCCUCGAGUUGUUGUUCCCGGCCAAGUUCCUGAUGAAAAGGCCCUUGUUCCCCUUGCGCCUACCUUUGUCGACUAUCCCUCUGAUAAGUUCGAGUGGAUUCAGGGCAAGGCUGUUGCUCUCGACACCAGUUCCAACCUUGUCAGCGUUGAAUUGAAUGACACCUCUGCUGUUCGCGAAGUCAACUACCACACUCUCAUUAUCGCUACUGGAUCACGAACAAGAGAUGGUAUGGUCUGGAAGGGCACUGGAUCCACAGAAGACGCCAGAGCCAAGUUGCAUGAUGUACAGAACCAGAUCAGCAAGGCCAAGACUAUUGUUGUCUCUGGUGGUGGUAUGACUGGCUCCGAGACAGCUGGUGAAUUGGGCUUUGAGUACUCUCAGCACGGAAAGAAGGAGGUCAUCUUCAUCUACUCAGGCGACCUGCCCCUUUCUCCCCCAGCCACAGAAACAGUCCGCAAGUCUGUCGUCAAGGAACUCGACAACCUCAAAGUCAAGAGAAUGUCCAACACAAAAGUCAUCAGCGCAACACCCAAGCCAGGAUCGCCAGAUAUCAUCAUUGAGGUUCUCUCUUCCGAUGGCACAACCAAGCAAAUCACUGCGCAGGCUUACCUCCCUGCAACGGGCAUUGUUCCCAACACCGAAUUCGUCCCCAAGACUCUCCUCGACAAGGACGGCUUCAUCAAGCAGACCACUCAUCUCAAGGUCGAAGGACACAAUAACAUCUUUGUCGUUGGCGACGCUGGUAACCUUGAGAACUCACAGAUCGCAAUGGCAGAGAACCAGUCGAUAUACCUCUUCAAGGCCCUUCCUACCUAUCUCGACGGCGGUGAAGCUCCAGAGUACGUCCCUGGAGGCAAGCCCAUGUUUGGUGUGACUCUUGGCCGAAGCAGAGCGACUGGUCAGUUUGGUACAUGGAAGUUGCCCAGCCUCGUGAUCUGGUACAGCAAGGGCCGAGCUAUGGGCACUGAUAAGUCUGAAGCUUGGGCAGCUGGAAAGAGAACUAUCAUGCAUACCUUUGAGAAGUAA